AUGCCGGCCGCCGAACCCCUUGUGUCUUCAGAGUCCGGUCUUGUCAAAAUGGAAGACCGGAAGAGGCCCGCCGCAGAUAACAAUGACUCGGCCCCGCCUUUAAAGAAGCAGGCGACCACCGUGAAUGGUGCCGCCAAGCCCCAUCCGGAUGCCGAUAUGCCCUGGAAAGAUGACCUGGAGCGCGUCCAAAAAGAUGCGAUAAUGCGCCAGAUGUACGAAUACAAGCGAGAGAAACAGACUUUGGAGUCGCGAUUGAAUCAGAUGUCGAAAGCUGCCGCACAUCAUAAUGAUCAUCUUCGUGUCAUCGACUCCUGGUUCAACCAGUUAAUCGACGAAGUGAAGGUUAUCUUGGGCUCGCAGGAAGUCAAAGAAUCUACUUUCAAAAGCUCACUGCAGUUCGAAGAUGCUGAAGGAUUUGAGUUGCAUCUGAAAUCCAGGUCCGACGAUAUUCGUGAAAUCAUCUCUCACUUUCAAUCCAAACUGGCUGAUGUCUCCCCCGAUGUUACAACGCUUCAGAGCAAAUUAGCAAAGAAGCUAGCUGAGGAAAAGGUCACGAUUGCUGAAUUAGAGAAGGCCCUGGCCGAGAAGUCACAGUUGGAGGAAAGCCUGGAGGCUGCGUCUCUGCGGUACAUGGUCGCUGAGAAGAAACUCGAUCGCGCGAAGAGCGUGACUGCGACCAAGUUGGAUAAGCAAUAUAUUAUGGGUGGAAACCGACCGACCCCCGAGGUUGCGCAAACAAAACGAGAGGAAUCGUCACCUGCCAAUGGUGGGACUCCCGUUGGAGAUCGCAGCAUCGAGUUGGAGGAAGCCAAUAAUAAGCUGAGUGCUGUUUCUGAGAAACAAAAGGAACAAUUGCAGAAGUUGGAGGCUGAAAAUGCGAGCUUGCUCAGUCAAAUCACUGAGCUCAAGGUCAAGUAUUCGAAACUUACCGAUGACGAUUACGCGCAUACCGACCUUUUCAAGCAACUACGAUCACAGUACGAGGAUGUGGUGAAGCGUAUCAACCACCUCGAGGCGACAAAUGUACAGCUGCGCGAGGAGGCUGAGAAAUACCGCUCGGAAAGAACCGCAUACAAGAUCCAAGUGGAUGACGAAGCACAGAGUACCAUCGCCGAGAAAGAGGCUCAGCUCGAAAGAGCGGAAACCGAUUUGGCACGGAUACGAAAUGCACGUGACGAGCUUCUGGCGGAUCAGCAGAUGCGCAAGGCCGCCCAAGAUCAAGAAAAGACUGCCGGUAUCAAGUUGCAAGAACUUGCAGAUGCUCGGGAUGCCCGGAUCACAGCUCUGGAGUCCGAGAUUGAGAGAUUGCGGUUGCAGAUUGACGGUUCCAAGGCAGCCGAGAACGUGGCUGAGAUGCCGCUCGAGGAGCUCCGGUCGAAGUACACUAGCUUGGAACGCCAAUACUCCAUGCUGAACACAGAGUUGACCUCCAUGCAAACCGCCUACAAGAAGUUCUCCACCUUGGCAUCGCAGAAGGUGACAGACUUCAGUGCUUUGGAGGAGAAGGUUGCACGGUUGACAGCGGAGAAGUCCAAGGCGGACCAAAAGUACUUUGCUGCCAUGAAGAGCAAGGAAGCCCGUGAUGUCGAAGUCCGCACCCUCCGUGUGCAGAACUCUAAGACUUCCGAUAUUGUCUCUCAGUUGAAGGAAUCGGAAUCUGCGACCCGCUCCUUGCUGUCCAAUAUGGACAAACAAGCCAGCGAGACCAAGGAGGCUCUUACUUCGGCCCUUGAUAAGCACCGGGCUCUUCAGCAACAGCUAACUGAGAGCAACAUUCAGGUGGAGGGUCUCAAGAACCAGGUUUCUGAGCUGAGAGCGCUUUCCAACUCCAAAGAUGCGACGCUGGGAAGCACAUCCUCCGCUCUACGCCAGGCAGAAACCGAGAUCUCCGGUCUGAAACAAACCCUCACAGACACCAAGAAGAGCCUGGAGAACUGGAAGAGCAAAAGUCUCGGCAACAACUCGUCGGAAUACGAAAUGCUGCGGACCCUUGCCUUGUGCACGGUGUGCCGCCGCAACUGGAAGAACACGGCGAUCAAGACGUGCGGUCAUGUUUUCUGCAAAGACUGCGUCGAAGAACGUCUCACUUCUCGCUCCCGCAAGUGUCCCAACUGCAACAAAUCGUUCGGAAGCAACGACCACAUGCAUAUCACCCUGUGA